AUGACGGCGGAAUGGCGGAUGGCCUGGCCGCUUCCUUGCCUUAACCAACCAAAUUCUCUGCUUAAUCGUGUCUAACGUGCCUUGCCUUUGCCACCCAAAUCCUGCAGUGAUAAACACGUAUGGUCCGAUAGAUCACGAGAAAGAUAGAGGGGGCGGCGGCGGCCGCGGUCGGUCAAUCCGCCCGUUUAACGCGCCCAUUGUUUUUUUCCCCUCAACUUCGCCGCUCCACCUCUCCCUCUAAUUUAAUUUCUUCCCCUCCACGUCUCUUUCGCCGCCUAUAUAUUCCACCUCAUCCUCUGCUUCCCCAGCUGCCCAACCCCUCUUCUUCUCCAGCCAGGUCACGCGCCUAACCCGAUCGCCGGCGAAGAAGACCUUGAUGGUGAAGGCUCUCGGCGAGGGAGGUGGAGGAAAGGGGACAGAACCGCGAUUCCGGGGCGUGAGGAAGCGGCCAUGGGGGCGGUACGCGGCGGAGAUUCGUGACCCGGAGAGCAAGAGCCGCGUGUGGCUCGGCACCUUCGACACCGCAGAGGAGGCGGCGCGGGCCUACGAUGCCGCCGCCAUCCAUUUCCGCGGCCUCAAGGCCAAGACCAAUUUCUCCUGCCCUUCCAUUCUCCCUCCCGCCGCCGCCAGCCCCAGCAACAGCAGCAUCGAGUCCUCCACUCCCUCCCCCCACGCGGCCGCCGCCGGCACCGCCGUCCGCCCGGAUCUGGAACUCGAGCUCCGCCACGCCUCCGAUCGCCUCGCGCCCAUCCCGGUCGCGACGGCGAGGUUGAAACCAGCAAACGUCAACCACCUCCUGAUGAUGGAUCGGGCGCCGGCGGCUGCCUCCUUAAUUGGGUUCAGGGUAUCGCAGGCGCCAAAGGGAAGACUCCCCUUCGACGUCGACCUCAACCAACCGCCGCCGCCGGAGGUGGCGUGAACCAGACGUCCACGGAUCUCGACAUAUAUAAUUAGUUUAAAUCUAUGUGUUUAACCUAUAGUUUAAUUUCCUUUCUUUUGUAAUUGUUUUUUUUUCCGCCGAGGAACGAUCUCGUAUCUGGUACGUAGAGCCGACGGGUAGACAAAUUCACCUCGGUGUUGUAUCUUUUGUGCGGUCCCAUUUAAUUGUUUAAGUUAUCGUAAAAAAUGAUUAUAUUA